CUCUCCCGGGGUUCGCAGCUGACAAGAAGGCUAAACACAGUCACAACCCACUGCGCAGAGGCGGUCCUCAUUUUCUUCCUCAAAAUGGCGGCACUCUGUGGGACUAGUUGGUAAAGGUUACGGGAACUGUGGACGUGGACAGAUUUCUAGUGACAGGGUACUUUCGUUUUCACGUAGGAGCGAGCACAGCAGGGGGGAUCCGUGUUUUCUACUCUUGUAUCUCCACAAGAUUCGCGAAAGUGAUAUAGGGUUGGACCAGCGGAGGGUGGUACUGACGCAACCCGACCCACAUUCGCACGGGCGUCCUGCGGCUGACGACAGGAACUUCCUUGUGAACCAAGAAAACUUCCUUGUGAAUCGGAUCGAGACACUGAACUUCAGCAGCCCAGAGUUACUGCUGUUGGAGCUACGAUGGCGGGGAACUCGUGUAUCAAGUGCUGGUUCAUCUUCGUCAACUCCCUCUUCCUGGCUAUCGGCGUCGCUGUGCUGGGAAUAGGGAUCUGGAUGCUGGUGGACAAGACGACUUCCGUCCCGGGAUUGGACACCAUUAUCGGCUACUUCAGGGCAAAUGCCAUCCUGACGUACAUCUCCAUGGCACUGGGCGGGCUCAUGUUUCUGGUCGGUCUGAUUGGCACCAUCGGUGGAUGUAAGGACAGCACGUGCCUUCUCAAACUGUUCUUGUCGAUUGCCAUCCUGCUGUUCCUCGUCCAGAUCGCCAUUGUUGUCAUCCUAGCGGUGCCCCAGAUCCUGACACUGCUGCUCCCCUACUUCAAGGUGGGUUGGCAUACGCCAGCAAACGAAGUGACGAGAGAUCUCAUCCAAAAUCAGCUGCAAUGCUGUGGAUUCGACGGUGCCAGCGAGUACGGACAGACGAUUCCUAAUUCCUGCCUCAACAUCACGGUCACUGUUGCCACAACCGCCAUCCCUGUAGGGCUUGCCACAACCCCUGGUACAGGCACACCUGCCUCUACACCCAUCCUCAUUGUGGCGCCAACAACCGACCAACCCUCUAAUGUAUACCCUGAUGGAUGCUACAGCAAACUGAGCGCCUGGUUCCACUCCAUCGCCAUGUACUUCUACAUAGCGGCGGGAGUCCUGCUCGCGCUAGAGCUGUGGCAGAUGAUCUCCGUCUGCUGCCUGAACAGCGCCAUUAACAACGAGCGGAAGGUGGGCGACACUCCCAUGCAGAUGUACCCGCCCUCAGGCCGCAACAGACCAAAUUAUAACCGACCGAUGUAUUAGACAGCUACCAGCAACAGCACCCAGAACGUCAUUCCUGAUGAUAAGAAGGACACCAUAGAACGCCGUGCUGGUGAUGUUGCUGAAAGUGUUUAACUGUUUAUUUAUCAUGAGACACACACGGCCCGCCUUUAACAGUGUAAAAUACGAAAGUGAAAGAGCGCUAGCUUCAAGAUUAUUCAGUCGGCAACGGAAUAAUUUUCCUCUGUUGAGAGGUAAUGGCAAACGUGUAUUAAUGGGUUGGUAAAGUGAAACAGGGUACAUAAACCACCAUCAUCAAAUGAUCAUAGAAAAGUUGCAAAGAAGUUAACCAGUCACUCACGUUUUCUAUGUACAAACACCAGCGCGGUACCUAAUACUCCAGGUAAAGAUGACUUGUGUAGUAUAUACCUGAUUGAUGUUGCAUAAAAGACUUCUUCCCAAGAGAGAAGAGAAUACAGACUUUGUGACUGCCGAUGCAUUAUAUGCUUGUCAUGCUGUAAAGCGUUCCUAUUUUGAAGUUUAGCUUGUAGGUGAUUGAUUUAAGAAAGCUGCGCCUUGAUUAUGAAGAUGCGAAAGAACAUUAUAUAGUGAUGUUUCCUUUGAAUUAAAUAACUUCGCUAGAUCUACAUCUAUCGUCUGUACAUAUUCAUAAAAAAAAUAUUCUAUAAGCACAAAUGUAUAUAAGAGGCAUUUAAGUACUAGUAUAUCGACGUUUUAUUUGUUGCGGAAAUACAGUUCUUGUGUGUGUCGCCACUUUGAGCUGGCGCUUUUGUAGAAUACUAUCUGGAGUUCCAGCUGUAACCAAGUUGUUUUAUGGUUCUUGGAACCAUCCUACUGUGACAGGUACAAUUGUGUAUGACCAUAAUUAUAUAAUAUCUUGUCACAUUGAUAUACAUCACUGGUGCCCUGUGAUUGUUAUAUAGUUGCUACAUUUUGCCAUGUGAAGCUUGCGCAUGAAUAUGUCUUGUGUUCAAAUACAUGGAUUGAAUGCAA